GAAGUUCACAGUGCCUUUUAAGAGUUUCAAACAUACUCCAUAUUUGACGAUGGCUCCAGUUGCGAAAUUCGGCUCCGCUCUAGAGUCUUCCUCCUAUCAAAGUCCCGAUGGCGGAUCUGCUUACGCACCUCUUCGCAAGAAAGUAAUUGAGGAAGCCGUCGCAAUGGGAUACAACCCGGCAACCAUGGUUGAAUGUGGAGUGACUUGGUCCGAUGAUCAUGAUCCAUUCCAGCACGUGAAGAACGCAGCUUACGUGCAUUAUGUGAACCAAUGCGUAUUUCGCGAAUUCCAAUCAUUCGAACCGUAUUUGGGCAAAGAGAAGUUUCAGGAUAUGUUGAAGGUCCGCGGCAUUGGACCUGUCGUCAAGAACUACACGGCUAAUUUUAAAAGGCCUGUGAAAUUCCCGGAUUCGCUUAUUAUCGCGAAUCGUAUUACUGAGGUUUUUCCAGAUCGUUACUUUGGUUUUGCCUCUGCCUGGUCUUUAAACCAGCAAGUUAUUGUUGCGGAUUUCAAAAUAUGUAUAGUGUUUUUUGAUUAUGAUCGAGGUGUACCAGCGAAUCUUCUUGAAGCUAGUGGUACACAUAGGGACCUAUAUGAAGCAUUGAAGCGACGAUCAGAAAUGGAAGCGAAGAUAGCUUCAAAGUGGGAGCAGGAGCAUCCCAAGAGAACGAAAGCCAUGCUGUAACUCAGCUUCAAAAUAGAGAGAUGGACCCCUGGGUGAAUAUGACAGCGUUCGGUCUAGACUAAUGCAGCCCUCAAAAUUGUAUUCCACAUAGGUUUUCGUCAAUAGAGAGAAGGAAACAAUGUUGGCACGCAAAAUAUUUCCA